AUGCGCAUGGGCCACGGGUUUGCCGAGAUAGACCGUUACAAGGAUACUGUCAAGGAUCUGCGCCUCCACCCUCUUGUGCUGCUCCUUUUGGUCCAGAUCAACCAAGCUGCAGGCGAAGACUUAUUUCGAUAUGUUGUCAGGUCGCUCGCGGCGUUCGAGCAAACGGUGCUUGAGAAAGCUUGCGAGAAGAGUGCGACUCGCAGGCACCGGAGCAGUGAUGGGCCUCCCGAGGAGGACAGAGGCAGCGCUAGCCCGCACUGUAACGCCGCUCGCAAGGCGGAAGAUGUGUCUGAUGCAACGAUGACUGGCUUCAAAGAUGGCCUGAUCGACUUGGAACACCUGAAAGAAGCAGUCGAUCGGAACUUGGUAUUUAAACGAGCAGCGAACGGGGACGCUGGUGGGGCGCUGGAGAGGUUAGGAUGUUGCGUCGAGGUAUUCGAGCGGUACCCUUGCGUGUAUCGCUUCAUGUUACAGUGGUGUCACCUUGCGCACGCUGCCCUGGCAGCCCUAGCAGCGAUUGAUGAUUCCAGAGCUCGAGAGCUGUAUAACCGGUUGCGGGAGGCCUACAAUCCGUCGCUCCCCACUGCCUCUCUGCCGGUGCCACCUAAGGAGGAGUGGCAGGGGCUGGUUACAUUUUGUCAUGACUUCCAGUGCAGGUGCGUGGGGGCGAGGGAAAGCCAACAAAAAGCAGAGCUCACGGGUCCACUCGGGCAGCUGAGCCACAAGUGUUCUGUAGGAUGGCCCGUUUCGGCGUGUGGAAGCAGUAUUCGAACUCGCCCUUGCUGGAUCUCCGCUGAUUCGUCCAUAAUUCUUUGCAAGUUGUUUGAGGGUAUCGUCGCGAGAAAACCCGACUGUACCAGCAACUGCGAAGGCUUGCAACAGACCCUUUGCAAGGACGAAGAUUUACGGUUUGUCGGUGAGGAACAUCAUGGAAGCGUGUCGGCGGGGGUCAUUUCCGAGGACGUGGUCAGCUCGAUCACGAUUUCCCCUUGCAGCAACGCCGACACACCAAUGGCAUCUACUGCUAGCUCGUGGGAGUUGAACGCAGAGUCUGCGCCACAGAUGAACCCAGGAUCGAGCUCGUCUGCUUCACAUGCCCACCGUGAAUCGGGCAGGGGAGGAUUAGGCAAUACGGGCGUUUUCGACGGUGCGGUCGAGGGGUGUGGUGGCGGCGUCUUAUCUGGCUUGGUGGCCCAAGUUCCGGAUAUGGCCUUGACAUCGCCGGGGUUGAGAAUGGUAGAUGGGACCACACGGGAGACCAGGCACAAAACAAUUGCCGAAGCAGACUGGCAGGAUGUUGCUUGUGUGUUGGAUGCACUCGACGAGAAGAGUCCGGUGCUUUGA